AUGGACAAAUUUCACGAGACCCAGCCGGAGGAUCUUUCCUACAUCGACAAUAUGGAGCUGCGGCACACACUCUUCGAAGAAUUGCAGACAAUUCGUCUCCGGGUAAUGGGCAAUAUCUCUCCGUGGACGUGUGUGAGGCGUGAAUACAUCACGAAGGCCGUUUGGGCUGCUUUCUGGGUCACACCCAUCGAGACGAUACAAAAUCUCAUGAAGGACAUGAAGGAGGGCAUGCUGUCCCACGAUCUUUUGCAUACAAUCUUGAGUUCGUUGCAGGAGUAUGUACCAAUGUUGAUAAGGAUCGUCCUAGGAAGGAACCCGGGAAACGCGUCGGCGGCCGCUUGCAAAGAGUCUGAAUGCAUGUGGUCAAUGCUGGGCCUGCUUUGGGGAGACAAACUCGUCGACGACUUCAGAUCUGCGCUCAGCGUCGAUAAACUGAACAGCCCCGUCAAUGUAGUCGCGAUGGAUCCUAAUGUGCGUUAUUUGUGGGCGAAGGCGAAAUUAUCCAUCGAGCCUUACGACUGGGACGAUCGUUCCAUCCGGCUCAAGCUUCGAUUUCUGAAAAAGUCCAAGCUGGAGAAGACUCGCCAUGGUCGGGAGAGGUUUCCUUGGAGGAACGACCUGGCAAUGAAGCCCACCGAGAUCGUCGAGGAUAUUUUUGGCGGAGGCCACGCGGAAGAUGAUCUGGUGUACGAGGGCACGCAGCAGCCUAUUCGAGACGGAGAUGUCUUUGAGUACAGAGUAAACGAUCCCGGGUGUCGUUUGGAUCCCCGCCUGUUGUGUCUUUGGCACAAGGUUAGCGUGAUGGCGUCAUUGUUGGGUUGCGACGAGCGCGAUGAGCAGGCCUGUUUGGAGUUCGCUCAAGGCUUGGCCGAUAAGAUCGAGGAGGAAAAGGUUGAAGAAAAUGAGAAACGUGAAGAGAUCGUAGGUGUUUGGAAGGACGAGACAGCGUGGAUGAGAGGAGUGUAUGAGACGGAAGGGGGUGAAGAACAGAUGGGGGCUUCUGACUAA